GGGAAACCUGAACUGAAAUCAUAGCUGUUCCUGCUCACGGAAAGACAGUCGUUACUUCGUCGUCUACCGCCUGACUAGAGUAUGCUGCUUACGAUCACUUUUCUUCUUGGCUUCCUACUCGACUUGUCGUCCGGACAAAGAUCUGGAGGUGUCGGUGUCUCAACGACGACUAUCCGGAGCAGUUCACAGUAUUGGCACUACGGCAGCUCAUUUUUCCAUUUCACUGAUAUACCAGGAGUUGAUCCAACUAUCACGUUUUCUCAGGUAUCUUCUCAAGGAAGUUAUCAGGGAUUCAAAUCACCACUGCUGCUGUGUAGUGCUCAGAAAAGCUGGAUGAGGUUCAAGUAUGAAGUAGCCUCACCCUCUCUCCUCAGAGUACACAGUCGAAGUAGUGGCUAUAGAGAUCUUGGUGGGCGUUCUUUGACAGGAAUGUGGCAAGCACAUACAAGUGUGGACAGGAUGGUUUCUACUACAACUGGUUACAGAUGUGUGCAACUCACAAAUAGGCUAAACAGGAAUAGGUGUCAAUCCUUUAGAGUGACAGCAACUGUUUCAGUUGAUUGUAAGUAUGUCACAAUCAGUGACAUCACAUUUGGUGACAGGUCAAUUUGUGAACAUUCAUUCAACACAAAGAAAACAUUUAAAUGUAAUUUUGAUGAUGAUGACUGUGGUGUUAGGAAUGAUGCAUGCGGCUUGGUUGACUGGGACAUAAGAUACAAUGAUUCAAGCAGCUUAGACAAACCAUCAUCCCUCUGCAGUAAACAUGUUGGUGUGCCACUACUGAAGCAACAAAUACGAGAAAGUUGCUCAUAUGAUGAUCUCAACAUUGUCAAGCUACAGCAGUCCGGGUUUACCCAGUUUACCACUUCAUCAAGAGUUACUAGGCCGUUUACAAGCACGACUGCAGUCUUAAGCAGACAUAGACGAACAUUUGGAUAUUCUCUUUACCUUGUUCCAUCUCAAAUUGGGGGUGUAGCCAUUGGAAUUCUCAACCUGCCCAUUGUUGUACACCACGAUGACAAUAGUUAUCUGAAAUUUGAGUGUGACAUGAUUGAAGAUGGUUUUCAUGAUCUUAUGGUGACUGCUGUUUGUUUAUCAGACCCUAGCCGCUCACUGAUCCCUCUUGGUCAACUAGGUUUACAUUUUCAUGUUACUCAUUUAACUGGAAAAGGCAUAAGCCACUCAGUCUGCCUAGACCUUCACAGUAAAAUAAAUAUAAGGACAUGCUCGCAGUUUGCAAUACAAAUCAAGGCUGCAGCUGUUCAAACUGCUAUCAUUGUUGAUGACUUUGAGUAUUUGCAAAACCUAAAGGGCAGUUACUGUGAUUAUGGAACCGGAUUUAAGAAAUAAAAUGUGUCCACUUGAGCGAUACCAAUUCAAAUGACCAACUUUGUUGGAUGCUAUUGGUAUGUGAACUGACAUGUGAUGGAUUUAUUACAUUACAUUUUGAGUCUAGGUUGAUGUGCUUUGAUUGCCUGGCAGUACAAAGCUCUAGUAAAGCUCUUAACAGCGUUUUCAGAUAUGCAAAAUAAGAGUUGAAUAAAAAAGUAGAUUGUUACAA